AGGAGGCAUGGUACAACCGAGAAGGUGGUGAUUCCAAAUGUAAAUCGAAAUUGCAGAAUUAAUUUUUUCUUUACGAGACUUUCUUACUUGAAUAAUACUCGACUUAAAAGAUCUCGUUAAAAGCACUAUUUUCUUUUAAAUUCGUAUCAAUGUCAGGACUUAAGGUGGUUUUAAGUCCACCUUACAAAAUUUUUGUGACAUAUUCAACAAUACGUAAAUUAAUUGAAUACAUUGUUUUCGAGAUUGGAAUUUUGAUUGAAUUAUUUCAACCCUUAACUACACAAGUCUGAUUUUAGACACAUACUUUACAUGACGAAGUCUGUGAGACCUCAAUCUGUGAACCUGGAUUAUGAGGCCAUUAGAACGAAUAGAAUAGCUCAAAUGUAGAGCUUUACAUCGCUCUGCUUUUAGUUUAAACAAAUUUAAUGACCAAGUAUCAAAUAAUAAUUAUGUAGUAGGCUUUUUUUUAAUUCGUUGAAAAUUUAUCUACAGACUAAUUCGGGAGAAAGGCGGGCUAAACAUAAAAUUGGUGAGAUUUUUGAGACCGUACGUGUGUAGUUAAGGGUUAAGCCACCUUAAGUCGUAAUACUGCAUACAAAUUUCGAAGAAAAUAGUGCCCCUAGCGAGACCCUUUAAGUCGAGUAUUAGUCAAGUGCACGUGUAUCCGAUGGAUUUUUAAAUUCGAUUUUCUUAAAAAUGAAAUCUCAUAAAUAAAGUUUAUUCUGCAAUUUCGAUUUACGUUUCCAUGAGGAAUCACGUCCUUCUCGAUUGUACCAUGAUUUCCGCUCCACCCUGUAAAAGUUUAAAAAGCAGACUCUUAAUUAGCAUUUGUGUGUUACUCAAGUGAAUGUAUCGUAUAAAAUAAAAGAAAAGUCCAGAAACAUUGAAAAUUAUGGUCAUCAAAAGAGAGUUGUGGAAUCGCGAUAUUGAAAAAUGGGGGAUUAUCAGUAUAAAGAGGAAGAUGAAAGUAUUAUAAAUAAUAUGACAGACAUGGAUUUGGAAUUUCUUCAAUUCAAUGAAUUGACAACGGACCUCAGAAAUUUAUUGCAUGAAGUGACAAGUGAGUCUGAUUCGGAGAAAAUAACUGAGGUAAAACUGAGAGUGGUGACAAAAUCUGCAGGACUUCACAGGCUUUCUUAUUAUACACCAAUUUUGAAAAAUUUAAUCUUGGACGGAAGCUGCGUAGAAUCUUUACGUGAUUUAGGAUCCUCGCUGCAUAUUCUCGAGACGCUGAGUGUAACCAAGUGUAACCUUAAAAAUUUGGAUGGUAUUUUGGGCUUUCGUAAUUUACAAUGUCUAUUGGCACGUGAUAACUUUAUAACCGACCCGUCGCCAUGUUCGGGAAUUGAAAAUUUGAAGAAACUUGAUUUGGGUAAUAAUGGAAUCGAGGAUAUAAGGAAUUUCCUCUUUCUGAGAGCCUGCACGAAACUCGAAGAUCUAUUUCUUGAAGGGAACAACCUAUUGGAUUACAAAGAAUUGAUCAAGGUUUUUCUACCACAAGUUCAAAUACUCGAUGGUCAACAAUUCACUGAUUCUGUCAGGAAUAAUUGGUCGUUAGAAGGAAAUCAACUUACCAGCAAUUUGUGCACUUUCACUCAGGAAGUACCCAAAGACUCGUCGAUAAACUUUCAGGAGGUUAGUGGCAAGGAGGACCUUGAUGGAGUUCAGGAAAAGAAGUUGGGUUUUGGAAAAGUUAUAUGUGGAAAUUUAGCGACAUCUUUACGAUCUAAGUCGAGGGAGCAGAUCCUAGAAGGGAAGGCAAAUAAAUAAAAUAAAAAUUUACUAUAAAUGGCUGAUUGACAGAUCGAGCAAUUGCAAUACAAUCGUACUGAUAUUAAUUGCAAUAUAUCCAGUGAAGAUGGGAUGAGCAGCUCGUGAUAGUUUCUUGUUAGACACACUGUAUGUAAAAGAUAUAGUGGGGAUAAUAUUAAAGGAGGCCGAAUGAUAUAUGACUUUUCCUUCUCUAAAUUGAGUAACGACUCUUCUAACGCGUCACCUUAAUAUUUGACCUGCAACCUACGUGAUUUUCGGGCCCAUUACAAAGCAUCGCACCACCUUCUAAUGCACUGACAUAUUGAAUUGAUACCGAUGAAUCCAAAGCACGAUUCCCUUAGCUCUAUUCUGGUCUUAAAAGUUAAUUUUGUUGUUCCUUCAUGUCGCGUGUCAGUCACGAGGCGUUCGUGCUACUGCACCAUACUGUAGCAA